GCUCUUUAUUUUAAUCAAAUUUUUUCUUAACAACAAAGAUUUUGUUACACACCACCAGAUGGGCCUAAUUACACCACUAAUUGUUGUCGUUGUCAUUUUAUGUGCGUUGGGUUUUUGCAAAAAACAUAGAGAAAAUACUGAAGAAGCAACUCCCUUUAAAGUGCCGGAUAAAAGACAAAAUCCAGCAGCCAGACGGCAACAUUCCGAAAGCAGGAAUCAUACAAUAAAUAUUGAGGAAAGAAAAUUUAUAGAGCAAAGAAACAAACGUAAAAAUUCUUAAAAUGAUUGAAAAACCGGUGCACCCAAAAGCCCAUCUUGGUAGCGCCAUAAUUUCUUGCAUUUUAAGUUUAGUUAUUUACGGCACUCUACGCUUCUAUGCCGAAUGGUUUACCUCUACUCAAUUGACUACUAUAUUUGGUGGUUUUGUAAGCUCUUGGCUUUUUCUAUUUAGUUUAACCUCUUUAUCGAAUGUGGAAAUGUUAGUGUUUGGUGAUGAUUUUGCUUCGAAAUUUAUUCCCGAAAUACUGAUUUGUUUAAUAAUGUCUGUCCUGGCAGCCGGUGUAGUGCAUCGUGUGUGUGCCACCACCUGCAUUUUAUUUUCGAUUUUGGCCUUAUACUUUGUGGAUCGUAUUUCCAAUGAUUGUUAUCAUAAGUCUACCAUUGCUCCAGAAGCUAUACAUCCCCGUAAAGGUGGCGGCAAGAAAAAUAAAUAAAAUUUCUAUCUCUCGAAAAACCUUUAAUCUAUGGAAAAAAUCGAAUAUAUAUUUUUCUUUCAUAUUUACUACUAGUAUUAACUAUGCAUUUUAAAAAGCAUAACAUUUUUAGAUCUUUUUAGAAUAGAAAUUUAUGUACUUCUAAUUAUUAAAGCUUCGGUUUAUUUCGCAAAUAUUUUAUAUGUAGUAAUGAAUAAAACUAAUUACAUUAUAUACUUAAAACUCAAA